AUGGCUUUAAGACCUUGGGUGGAUACCGACAACACCAAAAUGCACUACACAUUGAGCCUCCCCAGCCUACUUGUUCACACCAGUCAUCCCAUUAUCAAUGGCUCACCAUGUGAUGCCAUUAGUAAUUAUUUACUAUCUGAUGAUGAUCCUCCCAUCCUUGACCCGCCUGCCAAGGAUAAUCCAUGGGCUCCCUUCCAGUCAUGUGGUCACUUCCAGCUUGCAGACUUCAUCUUCCAACGAAAUCAGAUGCCUGGCAAACAAAUUGACAAACUCAUGCAGAUUCUAGCCUCUUUCGAGGAAUGUAAUGGCAAGCCUCCAUUUUGUAGUGACACCCACAUUUAUGAUACUAUUGAUUUCAUCUUUUCGGGUGAUAUAUCAUGGCAAUCACUCUCACUGAAGAAUGACUUCUAUCCACUCUAUGUCUCUGCCAGGAACCUCCACAAUAAUGUUUGUUGUGUACACAAGGAGUCCGUGAGCCUUGUGGGGUUCCUUUCGAUCCCUAAGAUGCUUGCUUGCCUGCAUAAUUCAGAGGUGGUGUGCAUGGAUUUAGAUCGCUUGGGCUCUGGCCAGCGAUCACACCAACAUACAAAAGCUCUAAUGCGUGGUUAUUCAGCAAGCAAGCUCAAGGAUGGCUGGGGUAUUAUUAGUGGCAUACUGUCCUUGGGUGUUAAAAACAUCCAUGAUCUUCUUGCUCCGGAUAUUCUGCAUCAAAUCCUUAAAGGGACCUUUAAAGACCAUAUUGUGGAUUGGAUUGGUCAAUAUCUUGUCAUUAUUUAUGAAGAAGCAGGGGCAGAACAAAUAUGGGCAGAUAUUGAUUGCUGCAUUGCUGCAGUACCUGCAUGUCCAGGCCUGCAUCGUUUUCCUCAAGGUCGAAAAUUCAAACAAUGGACCAGUGACGACUCAAAAGCUUUGAUGAAGGUAUUUCUGCCAGCUAUUGUGGGACACGUUCCUGACAAGAUACUUAGCACUUUGGUCACCCCAUUUCAGAUACCUCUUAGGUUAUAUUAUGCCUAUAAGGGUUUUUACCUAGGGGGUGCUUUUUGGAUGGUCUGGCCAAUGUCUGCUGGUCUUUUUCCAAGUACAUAG